AUGUAUCCAUUGUCGCGCAUUGAUGACUUGUGUGAUCAGCUACAGGGUGCCAAAGUGUUCUCAAAGAUUGAUUUGCAGUCAGGUUAUCAUCAGCUAAAGAUUUGGGAUCUGGAUAUUUCGAAGAUUGCCUUUAGGACUCGGUAUCGCAUUUGUGAACACCAGGUUCGCAAUUGUGAGCUUAGCAGUUGCGAUACCUGGCUCACAAUUACGAAGAGUUCAGGUAGAGGGCUAGUUCACAUUUGCAGCAAAACAGCCACAUUUGCGAUGGAGACAGGCUUCGCAAAUGCGAAGCCAGAGUCGCAAUUGCGACGUCUGCAUAGGACUGACAGUGGCCAUAUUUGCGAGUAA